AUGGGUAUGUCAACGGAUGAAAAGUCCAAAGACACACCCGAUCAAUCCGAAGCUAUCGGCAGGUCUUCGAAUGAACGACCACCUUCUUAUUCAGCCAAUGAGGUCGAGCAGCCCCUACUAGAACUGCCACAGCUGGAUCUAAGUUCCAAUCUACCUGAUUCAACUACCACCACUCGCGACCAGUGUGUUGCACAUCUCAAGCUUCUGGCUGUGCUCGCAGAUCUGCGAGAUACUAUCUCCAGUGAUGAUGGACUCUUUGAUAUCCACGACGCCGAGGCUCAAAGAUUCCCGAAUCAUUUGAAUGCAGCACGGGCUCGUAUUUCCGAAAAGCGCUGGGCGGUAUAUACAGCGCGUGCAGUUGACCGAUAUACCAAGUGGUGGUCUAAGGGGCUCCCCGGAUCAAGGCCAAUGGCAACUAUUAGUGACUUGGAGUCUACCGACUAUGAAAACAUCAUUAAUUGUGGUACUAUUGUUGCAUGGAGCACGGAAAACCUACCCCCGCUGGAUAUUUUAAUGGUCUGGCAUUCUCAUAUGUUGAAUCCUCGGAACUUCCUCGAGGAUUGCAUUCGAUACGGCAAGAUGAGCACCUGGGCAACAGGAUUUCCAUGGGAAGCGAUAGAUCGCUGCAUCAACAACCAAACGAUGGAGUAUACAGUUUCCGAACAAGCCCAGAAGCUGUUCGAGGAGAAACUGGACUUCAAGUGGAACAAUUUACACGACCCGCCGACCAAGCAUGUCAAAUGCCCCGGCUGUGGAUGGGCGAAUGCUGUCCCGUGGACAGAAGCUCACUUUGGGGACAGUGUUGCCCACGCCUACAAACAUGGCAGUGGCUAUGCCGAUUCUUUAUUUGAGGCGAAAUGCUUCGGCUGUGAACGCAUAAUUGACCAUGGCCGGCUCAAGGUGGCAAAGUUUCGAAAAGACCUUGAAGGAGCUCUUUACAAAGACCUCCCUAUGCCCGGGUCAUUCACCAAUCUUUAUGGAAUGCCCGAGGGGGGCUCAACUGACAAGGCCAAUCCUCGGGCCCUCCGGGAUAUGAUAUUCCCCACACGAGUCGUCCAGGCUGGCAGCAAGGAGUUGUUGCGCAUCACCGAUAGUCGAUUGGAUCUGUGUCAGAAUGUCACCCAGCUGAAGAAGCAACUCGAGACCCAACUACGCGACGCAAAUCUUUUGUGGAAAGCACAUGGUGUCUACCUUAAAACCCUCCAGUAUGGCGAGAAGAUCCAAUUCCGAAGAAUGAUGUCUCGAUACUGGGAGAACCUCGGUCCCUUCGCGCUAGAUCUUGUGGGCGCCGUUAUCAGACAAGGCACCUUCGUGGAAAAAAUGGACAAAAUCGAUUGGCUGCACUCACCGACAGUCUUCAACACCAUGGACCGACUGAUUAAAAAGUACCAUGUGUUCUUCCGGAUUAUGAUUGAAAGGCCAGAUAAGAUGGCCGUGCCCACUUUGGACGUCGACCUAGCCUGGCACACACACCAACUCAGCCCAUCACGAUACUACAAAUACAGCACGUCGAAGCCAACAUUUCAUUGUAAGCGUAUGUUCAUCGACCACGACGACAAAGUCGACGAAGGGAAACUCUCCGACGGCUUCGCCUGGACCAGCAAAACGUACCGCCGUAUGACCGACGGCGGCAUAUACAGCGAAUGCACCUGCUGGUACUGCGAGGCAACACGAACAUCAGACCUGUACGGUCGGUUGUUCACUCCUGGCUCUGCCUAUCGCGCCCGAGUCGCUGCAGACCUCUUGCACGAUCGCACUGAUAUCUCGUCCGAUCCAAACAAGAACCCACAUAUCUCUUCACACAACGCCGUCCGGCCAACGAACACGCACCACCAGGCUGAGUGGCGUAACUCUUUACUACGUGUACGUCUACAAAGCGAUCACCAAAAGGCCAUGCGGCGUGCUGAGAAGCGCCGUCAACGAUCCGGUUCCAAAUCUUCUAAUAACCAGGGCGACGUCUCUGGUGCAUACUACAUGCCUUAUGCAUAUGGUUAUCCCAUUAUAAUACCAUACUAUGCACCAUAUAUGAUGGACCCGUCUAUCAACUGUGAUUCGUACGCGAACAACCCUGCCUGCAUGAAUUACACUCAAGGCGCCGCUGGGAACUGUUGUGCCGGCACAUGUGGAGGUUCUGUAGCCGCAGGUGGCUGCGCAGCAGAGAGUGGCAGUGGAGGAUGUGGCGGAUCAGGUGGCGGCUGCGGAGGAUCAGCUGGUGGUGGUUGCGGCGGUAGCGGCGGUGGCGGAGGUGGUUGCGGAGGUGGAGGAGGAGGCUGCGGUGGAGGUGGUAGCUGA